GAGUUCCAGCACUGCAGAUCUCCCUCUGUCUUCAGCCACUCUCGCUUUUCAGUCUGCCGGUGAAAGACAGAAAGACAAGCAGAGCAGGAAGGAGUGUGAAACAAAUCCUCUGACAGAUGAGAAAACGGGGAUAUCUGCCUUUUCACUGGUCCCAGCACAGAAUUCAGAAGCACUUAAUGAAGAUGUCUGAGGCUGGGAGUUAAGAGUCCCCCACCAGAGAGAGCGUGUUCCAGGGCUGGGGCUGGACCCAGAGACCCCUGCCUUGGGGGUGAAGGGCCCUGACAGCCCUGUGUGAGUCUGGACCAUGGGGGAUGGAGGUGCCGGUGCAACUGGAGGAGAUGGGGUGAACCGGUCCCACGUUCUGUUCGACAAAUUUGUCCAGGCGACCACCUGCAAGGGCACGCUCAAGGCCUUCCAGGAGCUGUGUGACCACCUGGAAGUAAAGCCCACCGAUUCCAGGAUCUUCUAUCAUAAGCUCAAGUCCAAGCUCAACUACUGGAAGGCCAAGGCGCUCUGGGCAAAGUUAGACAAGAGGGCCUGCCAGAAGGAGUACAAGAAGGGGCGUGCCUGUGCCAACUCAAAGUGUCUGAUCAUUGGUGCGGGACCAUGUGGCUUACGUACAGCCAUCGAGCUGGCCUUCCUGGGGGCCAAAGUGGUGCUGCUGGAGAAGAGAGAUGCCUUCUCGAGGAACAAUGUGCUGCACCUCUGGCCCUUCACCAUCCAGGACCUCAGGGGCCUCGGGGCCAAGAAGUUUUAUGGGAAGUUCUGUGCGGGUGCAAUCGAUCAUAUCAGUAUCCGUCAGCUUCAGCUAAUGCUGCUCAAAAUGUCUCUCCUGCUGGGCAUUGAGAUCCAUGUCAACGUAGAGUUCAAGGGUCUUAUUGAGCCCCCGGAAGAUCAAGAAACCGAAAAGAUAGGUUGGAGGGCUGAGGUCCUCCCCAGGACACACCCUGUCAACGAGCUGGAGUUUGAUGUCAUCAUUGGAGCAGACGGAAGGAGAAACACACUACCAGGGUUUCGGCGUAAGGAGUUCCGGGGCAAGCUUGCCAUUGCCAUCACCGCUAACUUCAUCAACAGGAACACAUCCGCGGAGGCGAAGGUUGAGGAGAUCAGCGGGGUGGCGUUCAUCUUCAAUCAGAAGUUCUUUCAAGACCUCAGAGAAGCAACAGGUAUUGACCUGGAAAACAUUGUCUACUACAAGGAUGACACGCACUACUUUGUGAUGACUGCCAAAAAACAGAGCCUGCUGGAGAAAGGAGUUAUUCUGCAUGACUACGCAGACACAGAGCUGCUACUGUCCAGGGCUAAUGUGGACCAGGCUGCCCUGCUGUCUUAUGCCCGUGAGGCUGCAGACUUCUCCACCAACCACCAGCUGCCCACUCUGGACUUUGCCAUCAACCACUACGGCCAGCCCGACGUAGCCAUGUUUGACUUCACCUGCAUGUACGCUUCAGAGAACGCCGCCAUGGUGCGCCAACGCCAUGGUCACCAGCUGCUGGUGGCGCUCGUGGGUGACAGCUUGUUGGAGCCCUUCUGGCCCAUGGGCACUGGCAUCGCCCGAGGUUUCCUGGCAGCCAUGGACUCAGGCUGGAUGGUGAAGAGCUGGGCUCAGGGAAAAACCCCACUUGAGGUGCUAGCUGAGAGGGAGAGUAUAUACCGUCUACUGCCCCAAACCACACCUGAAAACGUCAGCAAGAACUUCAGUCACUACAGCGUGGAUCCUACCACGCGUUACCCCAACAUUAGCCUUAACUUCCUCAAGCCCAGCCAGAUGAGGCACCUCUGUGACACGGGGGAGUCCAGGGAAAUGCGCAUUGAAAUUGAGAAUGUGAUCAACUCGUCAACACCCAAGUUGGCCAGGAAUGACAAUUGCCUGCUUGACAAGCAGUUGCAAGAAUCCAUAGCUCGAUCCAGUAAACUGCUAAACUGGUGCCAGAGACAAACGGAGGGAUACAGGAAUGUUAAUGUAACAGACCUUACUAUGUCUUGGAAGAGUGGUCUGGCCCUGUGCGCCCUCAUUGACCGAUACAGACCGGAUCUCAUUGACUUUGAUUCUCUGGACGAGCGAGACCAGGAGAAGAACAACCAGUUGGCUUUUGACGUGGCGGAGAGGGAAUUUGGCAUCUCGCCCUGCAUGACUGGCAAGGAGAUGUCUUCUGUGGUAGAGCCAGACAAACUCUCUAUGGUCAUGUACCUCAGCCAGUUCUAUGAGAUGUUUAAGGACACAGUGCCACCUGGAGAUAACCACAACUUGAGUCCUGAGGAGAAGGCAGCACUGAUAGCCAGCACCAAGUCUCCAAUCUCCUUCUUCAGCAAACUUGGUCAGAGCAUAGCAAUUUCCAGGAAACGAAAUCCAAAGGACAAAAAAGAGAAGGAUGUUGACGGUUUGGGGAAGAGAAGGAAAACCAGCCAGUCUGAAGAUGAGGACGUAUCCAGGAGCGGCCGUGACGACAGGCCAUCUGUCCCAGCUAUCCUGUCGGAGAGAAAGAUGGACUCCUCCCCUGUGGGGAACCAUAACAAAGUCAAGGUCAUGGCCACCCAGCUGCUCGCCAAGUUUGAGGAGAACGCUCCAGCACAGCAUACAGGACUCAAACGACAGGGGGAAUCUCUGCCCAAUCUGGACCGCCUUUUGCCCCCCUCCCCGCCCCAAACCCCUGUGAAUGAGCCAGUACGCCUGGCACCUGUCCCAGCAUGGAGAAAGAGACGCACACAGCAGCAAGAGCAGCUGAGCAUUCGCUACAAAGAAAUGAUCAAGUGUCAGACACUGCCCAACAGAAGGGAGCAGGCCAGAAGUGGUGCAGACCAACAGUCCAGCUCGGGCUCUCGGAGCUGCCCAAAGAAAACCAUUCUGCUCCCUUCUUCCUCCUCCACUUCCUCGCUCUCUCUUCACUCAGAGCAUUUGCGUAAAAGUCCGGAGGAAGAAGAACUUGAAUACUACGAGAUGCCUUUGAAUUAUGGGGAGUGGAAGCCGCUGCACCUGACAGACCCAGGACCCAUUCACAUACCCGGUAUACAGGAGAGGGCUGAGCGCCUAAUCUCCAGGUUUAAAGGCAAACCUGACAGGCCACCAAAGCCUAAGAAAAAGCCGUCCCGUUUCUUUUUAGAGCAGUGGAACUUGUCCCGUGGCCUGACUGAAAGUCCUGGUUCACCACUAUCCUCUCCUGACUCUUCCAGAAAGGAGCCAGCAAGGCCUCCGCACUCUGAUGAACAGAUGCCGUUAUAUGUGCUUAGUAUUCAGGAGAGGGCUGAGCAACUUGCUUCUCAGUUUAAGGGCAAGCCAGCCAGACCACAGCCUGCGAAAAAGCCCUCACGUUUUUUUAUGGAACAAUGGAACCUGGCCCGAGCCCAGUCUCCCCCUGACUCUCCCCCCUCCUCCUCUGACACGUUGAGACAGCGCUAUGUAAGGAUGUACACAGGUGGAGUUAGCUCAUUGGCUGAGCAGAUAGCCAAUCAGCUUGAGUCUCAGGAAGAUCCUAAGCCCCCACCUGAAAAGAGGGAUUUGGGCUCCCUCAGAAAAGAGUUCCCUGUCAACAUCGGUGGCAGCGAUGUGUGCUUCUUCUGUCGGAAGCGUGUGUACGUGAUGGAGAGGCUGAGUGCAGAGGGGAAGUUCUUCCAUCGCAGCUGCUUCAAGUGCGACUACUGUGGCACCACGCUGAGACUGUCCUCCUACGCCUUCGAUGUGGAGGAUGGGAAAUUUUACUGCAAGCCCCACUACUGUUACCGUCUGUCUGGCUAUGCUCAGAGAAAGAGGCCUGCUCCCUCCCCUGCUCCAAUCACUGCUAAGGAGAACCAGGUGCCCCAAACUGCAACGGCGACCGUGGAUGCCCCCGGAAGGGCGAUGGCAGCAGCGGCAGCCCCCUCGGCCGAGCUCCAGCCCUCAGUGCCGGAGGUCAACGGCCUGCAAGAGCCCAGCCUACCUAAACGUCUGCGGGGAACUCCAGAACGCAUCGAGCUGGAGAACUACCGUCUGUCCCUGCAGAGGGAGGAGGAGCUGGAGGAGGUUCCAGAGGAGACAUUGGCAGAGCACAACCUCAGCAGUGUGCUCGACAAGGCCACAGAUGCUGAUCUGGGAUCCAGUAGCUCAGAGUCAGACAUGGAGGAGGAGGAUGAGCAAGAGGAUCAGGAUCAGGAUCAGGAUCAGGAGGAGGUGGAGGUGGAUCAGCAACCUACCAGCCCCUCAGACCUUGGCGGUGUUCCUUGGAAGGAGGCUGUAGUGCUCCACGCCAAACUGAGGGGCGACCAGGGCGAGGAGGGAGAGGGUGAGCCCCUGGCUGACGCAGUCAGCAGGGACGGGGAGGAUGAGGAGGAAGAGGACGAGGAGGAAGAUGAGGAGGAGGAUGAAGAUGAUGAGGAGUCAAGCGAUGAGGGAGAUUACUGCCCCUGGGAUAAAGAGCUCCAGUCAGGUCUUUGGCUGGAGAAGUACCUCACAGAUGAAGAGGAUGUUGGUACAUUUAAAGCCAGGAACCUACAGAUCCAACAAGUCCUGCAGCCUGUGGAUCCCCAGGCCAUUCCAGGUUUGGUGAGAACACACCUGGACUCUGAGGGAGACAAGGAUGGUCAGGCGGCCACAGCCUCCCAACUCUCCCAACCCUCUGAGCUCACGCAGCCCUCCUCUACAGCCCCUGCCCACACAUCCACCCGACACGAGGCAGUGAGAGUCUGGUUGGAGUCCAUGUCUGGAGAACCUUGUGAGGAUGAGGAACUGGAAGCAGAAGCGGAUAGUCCAGAUAUGGAGCCUGGCACAGAGAUGGAUCAGGAUGACAUCCCUUCAGAUGCUGAAGCCGAGGCUCGGUUGCAUGAGCCCGAGCGUGCUGAAGUUCUUCCUGAGGACGACAAGAAAUCAGAAAGUCUGAGAAUGACCUCCAGUACUGUGCCAUCCAGUGUCAGCCCCACGCAGAGAGAAGAUGUUCUUUCUCCACUCAAACCAUCUCCAGAGCCUGAAACACAAAUAAUUGUGGUGAAGUCUCCUGGCACCCGUUUUUUCCCAGAACCGUUCAUAACUGAGGAAACGAAGCCUGAGAGGACAACUCCAUCUCCUUCUCCAGCCGUCAAGAGCCCACCAUGCCCUUCACCUGUCCCAGUCCAGGAUCCUUCCUCUGUCCCUUCCCCUACUCUCCCUGCUGCUGCGUCUCCUGUCACUGUCCCUGCCUCACCGCCCCCUUAUUCAACCACCAAAUCGCCCGUCAGCUCACCAGUCAAACUAGCCACAGAGUCACCUGUUAGAUCACCCAUCAGAUCCCCUGUCAGGUCACCGGUUGGCUCCCCAAUCCGCUCUCAGCCCACCCCCCUGCCAGAGACUUGCACACCUAUAUCUCCUGUCUAUCCUCAGCGCUCUAUUUGCCCUCUCACGGGCAACCCCCUCUCCCCGAUCUGUGCUCAGCCCUUGCCCUGCCAGGAGCCCUCGUCACCCCUCACCUCCAACUCCCCCGUCAGAACUCAGCCUGUCCCCGGAGUCACUUCGACGCCCAUGACCAAAACAGACAAGGGCACACCUGAGCAGCCAAGGUCCAUAGAUUCUUCAUCAGAGGAAACGCCAUCUAAAAAGACAGAUAUCAUUGAGGAAUUUUGGUUAAAGAGUGCUGAGAUCAGAAAGAGCCUCGGUCUGACUCCUUUGGACCGCAGUAGUAAGAUCUUAGAGAAGAGUGUUGUUAAGGCUCUAGCGCAGGACUCCACCCCUGUCAAGACGCAGACUCCAGAUGUGCCUGAGGAACAGAAGCCUGCUUUUACUGGCCGCGCUGUCAUUCGCAGACUCAACAUCACUCUAGAGGGUCAGGUCAUUACGCCCAUUGCUCCUGCGGAGCCCAAGAGUAAUGGCUCUGAUAAGAGGGACCUCAGCAGCAGCUCUGGCUUGGGGUUGAAUGGGAGCAUGGCCACGAGCCAGACAGCAAACAGUGACAGCUUCAACACGUCCGACUCCACCAUGCUCACCCCGCCCUCUAGCCCACCACCACCUGUGCCUGCUAAUCAGUCUCCAGCCGUGCUCCGGCAGCAAAGACACCAGGUGUCCUGGAGCAAUGGAGCGGAAAAAGCUCCACCUGAUCGUGCCAAAGAGCCAGCAAAAACAAAGAGUCCUGUUCCUGCACCGAGGACCCAGCUGAGCCCUGUGUCUGCCCCCAAACCCGCACCAAGGAAAGUCUCCUCACCUCAGGCAGCUCCAGACACAACUCCAGUGGUUGUCAUGAGGGAGAAAAAGAAGAAGCCACGGCCGGAGGAGGUGAGGAAGUCGUUUGUGGAGACAGUGGAAGAGAUUCCGUUUGCUGAUGACGUGGAGGAGACCUACGAUGAGCGGACACCUGAAACGAGCAUGAACAAGUUCUAUACUCCACCCACCAGCAAGGCCAGCAGAGAAAGACCGCCCCUGCAUCUGGCUUUAGCAAUGGAAAAUGGUAAACCCAAUAUCCCUGUCAACCCAGCCUCUAAGACGCAAAGGGCUACUCAGUUUUCCCCAGAGGCCAAGGAGAUCGCUGAGGAGAGAAUACGGGCCAGAGAAAAGUCCGUCAAGAGCCAGGCUCUAAAAGAUGCCAUGGCCAAGCAGCUGAACAAAAUGAAAGAAUCUGACAUAGACAAGGGUGCCUCGCCUAAAGUGGCCUGGAGUGUAACUCCAGAGGCUGCUGGAAAAAGUAAAAAGUCUGCCGGAUCUCCGAAGACAUCAGCCGUGAAAGCUCUGGAGUCGAAGAAGGCGGAGACUUUACCUGAGCGUUUCUUCAGCAGCAACAAGAGUCUGGACAGCUCGGUGGCUUCGUCAGACGGAUCCACGACGAGUAAGAGCAAGAAACGAAGUUCCCUCUUCUCGCCCCGCAAGAAUAAGAAGGAGAAGAAAGCCAAGAACGACAGCAGCAGGCUCUCCGGCACAGACGAGACACCUCCCAAACACAAGUCACUGUGGAAGGCCGUCUUCUCAGGGUACAAAAAGGACAAAAAGAAGAAGGAGGAUAAAUCAUGUCUGAGCACGCCAUCCUCGAGUUCCACCACUCAGGACUCUGGGAAGAAGAGAACGUCACCUCUUGGGAGAUCAUCAGACUUGAAAUCACGCAGAAACUUGAGCUUCUCUGAGGACUCAGACCUGUCCUGUGAUGAUGUUCUGGAAAGGUCCUCCCAGAAGUCGAAGGCAGAUCGGCACACGGACAUCUUUGACCUAGUGUCAGGCAUGCAGAAGGAAGCAAUAAAGGAGGAGAAACUGGAGAAGGAGAAAAGGAGGGAGUUAAAGGAAAGAAAGAGGGUGAAAGAGAGGCAUAAAGAAAGAGAGCUGGGAAAGAAGGCGGAUCGAGAAAAGGAGAAAGGCGAUGAGGAGUCUGUUUAUGUCCCUCACGCACUGGCGUUCAAGAGAUCGUACGCCACAAAGAAAACCUACACAGAAGAAGAGCUGAAUGCCAAGCUGACACGACGGGUCCAGAAAGCUGCACGACGACAAGCCAAGCAGGAGGAACUCAAGAGGCUGCACAGAGCCCAGAUCAUCCAGAGACAGUUGGAGCAGGUGGAGGAGAAGCAGAGGCAGCUGGAGGAGAGGGGCGUAGCUGUGGAGAAAGCGUUGAGAGGAGAAGCAGGAUUGUAUAAAGGUACUUAUACAUUACCCAAACAGCACAAAAGAAGAUCAGACUAUUGGGGAGAUUCUAAUUACAGUGAAAUCCUGGACUUGCAUCUGGGCGUUGAGCCCUUUGUGGGGAUGCCACGCCGAAGACCUCUCUCCUUCUGCCCCUGCUGUUCCCCCGAAGGCAUGGGCAAGAAGGACGAUCCCAAGCUAAUGCAAGAGUGGUUCAAGCUGGUGCAGGAGAAAAAUGCCUUGGUCCGCUAUGAGUCAGAACUCAUGAUAUUUGCCAGAGAGCUGGAGCUGGAGGACCGACAGAGCCGACUGCAGCAGGAACUCAGGGAGCGAAUGGCAGUGGAAGACCACCUGAAGACAGAAAAGGAGCUCGCUCAAGAGAAGCAGAUCCUGAAUGAAAUGUUGGAGGUGGUGGAGCAGCGCGAUUCCCUGGUGGCCCUCCUGGAGGAGCAGAGGCUUCGGGAGAAAGAGGAGGACAAGGACCUGGAGGAAGUCAUGCUCUCCAAAGGCUUCAACCUCAACUGGGCUUAAGAGGAGUCCUGGGACAAAAGACUUGUGAUAGACGGUCUCUGCUUCUGCAUUGGUCAUCUUCGAUCAGAAUAAUCUGCUGAACACCCGCAGCAGUGAAUGUGUAAAGACCCCCCCCCCAAACACACAAACACUACGGCUGCCUCUGACAUUGAAGCGGUCUGCAACGUUUACAUAUCCCCUGCCCAAAGGCAGUCCUAGUUAAUCACUUUGCAGUUUUGCUUGUUCUCUCUCUCUGUGGGUGGAGAGGCGAGUGCAUUCACAGCUUUAUCAUCCCAGCCUUGAAGUGGAUCCUCUCAAACAGGGAUGGGAAAGGGGGGGGGGGGGGCUUUGGGAGAAUGCUUAAAGACUUGUUUCAUUCUCGAUUGUCUAAAGGGAAGAAUGCAGUUUGGUCCUGCUGAUGUAAAGGAAUUGUAAAGAAUUGUGUUUUUGUGUAUAGCUGUGUAGAACAAGUCACAUUUUCAGCGGAUGAGGGUCCUCUCUUUUCCGAAAAAGGACUGCUACAGAGGUGUGUUUAAAUGCUGGAGUGGUGUCUCCGGUCUCAAUCUCAGAUUCUCCUUUUCAGUCUGACUGCAGGAAGACAUCCUCUGCUGAAGUUGCCUUUCAAUCGAGUGACAAACUGACUGACUCUGCAUCCUAAUGAACCACAAAGACAACAUCCCUCUUUUUUCUCCCCUCUGUUUAGUGAGUCAACACUAAGAAUCCAUUAAAUAUGGUCAUGUUUUUUUUUUUUUUAUGUAUUUAUUAUCUUUGUUUGCUUUUAACAGAUAAACUUGUUUUUGUUAGUUUUGCAUUCACAGGAGAGUGCCCAGAAUCUCAUUAUCUUGCACUUGUGCAUAACUCCUGUGCACCCAUAAGCCAUUGCAUGUCAGGAAUGGAGGCUGCAGGCAAAUAGAAGAACUUAACCUUGUCUUUAAUAGCUAGGUCAUAGAAUACAGACUAAACUAGACUAAAUAUGAGCAUUAAACAUUUCAUAUGCCUGGAUAAUGAUGGGCCUCUCCGUGACAUGCUGACAUCACUUAAUAUCACACUGACAGUUGACGUUUACAAGUAUUUGUCCAUGUUUAUGUUACCUACUGGUGGUAUACAGGAGCGAAGUUAACCAACUGUUAAAAGGUUUCAUCUUGGAAGGAACUGUUUCUCCACGUUCUGAUAAGUUUCCUCCCACGUGCGUUAACCUCGGGAUGUUAUUAUUAAUGAAGCCGAUUUCACAUUAAUGGGGGAUCAGCGUAACUCACAUUACUCAUUUUGUGCCACAGGACUGUCUCUGUUGGUGGAUAUGUUGCAAUAUCUAAGGAGUACACCACAAGAACUUACACACUACACAACCCUUACAUCACUCUAUGGCAGUGUUAACACUUUACCCUUGAACAAGAUGCCUUUUUCAUUUUCAUUCACAAGUUAUAUUUUAUUUUUCUGAGUUGAUGACUUGUCUUUUGGAAGUAAUCACAUCCAUGUGUCCCACUGGAGCUCGAGAUUUUUACUGGUCUUUUUUUUUUUUUUUAAAUACCUUUUUUUACAGCAGGUUCCCAAACAAACAAAUAGAUGAUUUUAAAUGGGGCGCUGGAGAAAUGCAAAGCGCUUUAUGAGCAACUUGUGCAAGCGUUAUUGUUUAUCUGGUGGGCAGUCAAAUCUAAUAGCCUUUUCGACAACUGUAAAAAUCCAGGUGGUGACUGUUUGACAGCACAGAAAGACUAGAGGCUAUAUUUAUGACUUGGUAUGAGCUGUGAAUAAAAAAAGGUUACAUAAUUUUAAAGGUUGUUGUAGAUGGUGUGUGAUAAGUUUGACAUGAUUGUAUUGAUAUUUAUUAACAUGUGUGCAAACUGUAUUAUAUGUAAAGAAAAUGAAUCCUAAUUUUUAAACUGUUCUGUCGACACAUAACUUGUAAUGUAAAUGCUUCAUGUAGCUAAAAUGCAUAGGGGUGUUGGAUGUAUGCUGAAAAUGGCAAUAAAACAAUGCAGUUGUUCUUUUAAA